GAGAACAGCCGGCGCCCGCGCCCCGGGCCUAGACGGGACGUGGGUGUGGGGUCCCUCCCCGGGCCCCUUGGGAGAGCGCGUGGGCCUACUAUGUGCUAGGCGCCCCGGCGCUGUCGCCUCCCUGCCCCCCUCCAGUCCGGCGUCGUUUACAGCUGAGGAAAAGGGGGUUUCGCCUGUUUAAAGGUCUUGACACACAGUAGGUCUAUGGGACGGAGGCGGAGCCUCGGGAAACCUGGCCCUGGUGCGGAGUUUCAGGUCUGUGCGGCUGCUGAAGAAUGAUACAGUCAACUUCCAGAAGUUCCCCUACACUAGUGAGGAUGAAGCCUGGAAGACAUACCUGGAAAACCCCUUGACGGCCGCCACAAAGGCCAUGAUGAGGGUCAAUGGGGACGAUGACAGCGUUGCAGCCUUGAGCUUCCUCUAUGAUUACUACAUGGGCCCCAAGGAGAAGCGGAUGCUGUCCUCCAGCACCGGGGGCAGGAUGGACCAAGGAAAGAGGCACUACCUUGGCAUGGAAUAUGAGACAGACCUCACCCCCCUUGAAAGCCCCACACACCUCAUGAAAUUCCUGACAGAGAAUGUAUCUGGAAUCCCAGAGUAUCCAGAUCUGCUCAAGAAGAAUAACUUGAUGAGCUUGGAGGGGGCUGUACCCAACACUGGCAAGGCAGCUCCCCUCCCGCCAGUCCCCAGCAAGCUGGAGCCUGGCUCUGUGGAUAGCUACCUGUUGCCCACCAGUGAUAUGUAUGAUAAUGGCUCCCUCAACUCCUUAUUUGAGAGCAUUCAUGGGGUACCACCCACACAGCGCUGGCAACCAGACAGCACCUUCAAAGAUGACCCACAGGAGUCACUGCUCUUCCCAGAUAUCCUGAAAGCAUCCCCAGAACCCCAGUGUCCAGAGGACUAUCCCAGUCUCAAAAGGACACUCCUACCUGGGAGCCCAGCUUCACUACCCGUCCCUCUUCCCCACAGUGAUUUUGAAUACACCCUGGGCUCCCCCAAAGCCAUCCACAUCAAGUCAGGCGAGUCGCCCAUGGCCUACCUCAACAAGGGACAGUUCUACCCUGUCACCCUGCGGACACCAGCAGGUGGUAAAGGCCUUGCCUUGUCCUCCAACAAAGUCAAGAGUGUGGUGAUGGUUGUCUUCGACAAUGAGAAGGUCCCAGUAGAGCAAUUGCGGUUCUGGAAGCACUGGCAUUCCCGGCAACCCACUGCCAAGCAGCGGGUCAUUGACGUGGCUGACUGCAAAGAAAACUUCAACACAGUGCAGCACAUUGAGGAGGUGGCCUAUAAUGCACUGUCCUUCGUGUGGGACGUGAAUGAGGAGGCCAAGGUGUUUAUUGGAGUCAACUGCCUGAGCACGGACUUCUCCUCACAGAAGGGGGUGAAAGGUGUCCCCCUGAACCUGCAGAUUGACACUUAUGACUGUGGAUCAGGCACUGAACGCCUGGUACACCGCGCCGUUUGCCAGAUCAAGAUCUUCUGUGACAAGGGAGCUGAGAGGAAGAUGCGGGAUGAUGAGCGGAAGCAGUUCCGGAGGAAGGUCAAGUGCCCAGACUCCAGCAGUAGUGGCAUCAAGGACUGCCUGCUCUCGGGCUUCAGGGGCAAUGAGACCACCUACCUGCAACCAGAGGCUGACCUGGAGACCCCGCCCGUGCUGUUCAUCCCCAAUGUGCAUUUCUCUGGCCUACAGCGCCCUGGAGGGGCAGUCUCCUCGGCAGGACCCAGUGGCUCUAGCAGGCUGCCUCUGAAGCGCACCUGCUCGCCCUUCACGGAGGAGUUUGAGCUUCUGCCCUCCAAACAGGCCAAGGAAGAUGACCUUCAGAGAGUUCUGUUGUAUGUGCGGCGAGAGACGGAGGAAGUGUUUGACGCCCUCAUGUUGAAGACCCCAGACCUGAAGGGGCUAAGGAAUGCGAUCUCUGAGAAGUAUGGGUUUCCUGAAGAGAAUAUUUACAAAGUCUACAAGAAAUGCAAGCGGGGAAUCUUGGUCAACAUGGACAACAACAUUAUUCAGCAUUACAGCAACCACGUUGCUUUCCUACUGGACAUGGGGGAGCUGGAUGGCAAGAUUCAGAUUAUCCUUAAGGAGCUGUAAGGCCCGAGCAUCCAGAGCCCAGCUGGGCAGUGGCCCCAUGCCACACACAACCUGUCGACAUGCCUCAGUGCUGCUACUUGAAUGCCUUCCCUGAGGGAAGAGGCCCUUGCAUCACAAACCCACAGAUGUCAGGGCCAGGAAGAGACCUUGGGGCAUUCUCCUGAUCUGAACCCCCACGGUACACUUGAAUCUGCUCCUGAACUUCCUGCCAGUGCCUGCCUCCACGAGACAGUGCCAUCUUGGUUCUCACAUGCCCAACAGACUGUUUCCUCCUGAGAAGACCCUUUUCUGCAGUGGCUUUCCUGCAGGCUGCUGUUCAGAUGCGGGGGCACACCCUCCCUCCUACGUGCAAUGCCGGCCAACUAGACUCUGGUCUGGCCCUGUUCUCCAUCUCCCAUCAACUUCAGAUCAAGAAUUUCUCACCGUUUGGUCAGUUAACUUGAAGACUCUUGAUGCACAGUACACGUGACUUUUGAAAGAAACUAUAGCGGAAACAGCCCCUUGCUCACGGAGUUCCUCAAUGCACAAUGUAAAUAACAGAGCUGAUUGGAACAAAUGACUGCUGUGUAGAACUGCCGCCUCGCCCAUCACUGUUGUACACAUUUCUUAUUUACGAUUUUCAUUUGUUAUAUAUAUAAAUAUAUAUUGUAUAUAUAUGCAACAUUUUAUAUUUUUCAUGGAUACAUUUUUAUCAUUUCAAAAAAUGUGUAUUUCACAUUUCUUGGACUUUUUUUAGCUGUUAUUCAAUUAUGCAUUUUGUAUACUCAUAUGGUAUUUAGUAAUAAAAGUCGACCUGUGUAUU